GAGCACCUGUGUCAAGAUUUGGAAGGAUUCCUUAGUGAUGGGAGGCCUAAGUGUCCGAAUAGCACUGGGGAGGAGGGGACAGGCUGGGACACAGCUCUGUCCUGCGGGAUCAGACAGUCUACUGUGCGAAUCCAUACUGGGAGGACUUACACUGACACAGCAGAGCAAUGAUCUGAGGGACGGGGACAACAUUACGCCUCCUUCUCAGCACCGUUUAUGACUUCAGAGAGGAAGCAGUGAGGAUGAAGAUGAUGAUGACGAAGUGCCUGCUGAGCGUGUGAGUCCUGGCUCGUGCUGGCCAGAUGGCUGGGGUUAAAGUCGCGGUGCAGGAGGAUCCAGAUCUGGGCUCGGGUCCAGACGAGGAUGCCUCUGAGCUGUCAGUUUCGGAGAAUGAUUCAGACUCAGGGAGUGUGCUCUCUGAUGACUCCGUGCUCCCGAACUAUGAGCGGGAAGAUGCCAGUGGAGGCCCUGCCAACACCUUGUACCAAGCCUGUGCCAAGAACAAUGCUGCGGCCCUGCGUAGAGUUCUGGAGAGGGGCGUUACAGUUGACGAAGUCAUGGAAUUGGACAUAAACGGAAGGAAUGGUCUGAUGCUGGCAGUCUCAAAAGGCUUUGUGGAUAUUGUGUAUGGACUCAAUCAGUGCCCAUUUCUGGAUAUCAAUCAUCAGGAUAAUGAUGGCAACACUGCACUUAUGAUCGCCGCACAAGCUGGUUUCGUAACCAUCCUCACUUACAUCAUCAAUUUCUUCCCUGGACUUGACAUGGAGCUCCGGGAUAACAGAGGCUUCACGGCUCUCCUCAAGGCAGUCAUGCAGGGCAGCAAUGACUGUGUGGCGUCACUGCUCAUGGCUGGGGCCAAUCUUCAUGUUGUGGAUGCCACAAGAGGCAAGGACAUCCGAGAGUGGGCUCUGAAGACAGGUCGCUUUGAGACAUUACACAGGCUCAGACGGCUGAACAGCAGGCCUCAGGCUGAACAAUUCUGUGAAAAAUACAUCCUGGAGUGGCCAGACCUGAAGGAGCUGGUGGCCAAAGCCACAGCCACAAAAAGCACAGGACAAAAAGUCGCCCAUCGCCUCAAGUCAACGUUCACUUUCAACUUUCCACAUGACCCCCAGGACAAUGGUAUCAUGGACCAUAUGGUGCGUAUGACCACAAGCAUCCAUAGUCCCCUGGUGGUCACAGGAUGCCGUCCGCUGUGUCCCUCAAGCCCACCAGAGGUGGGCAAGAGACGCCUAGCGGUGCCUGAACUGAUGGAAAUGCAUUCAGGGAAAAAGCUUGAGGAGCACACAAUACGACACAGCAAUGGCUCCAUCUCUGUGGCGUCUACAUCUGGCUCUUCUGUCUCGCUGGCCUCAUGCUGUUCUGAAUCAGAACGGAGAGGCAGUGUGCUUUCCAUGGCCUCCAACGGCGUUCGCAGGUUCGUCCCGCGCAGCAUGGCCCGCCGCAACAGUGUGUUUCCGGCUGGCUGUGUUCCUCAAAUCAAAGUGACUAAGUCUGGAGAGCCAACACCCAAGAAGGAGAAGAAGAGCAAGCGAAACAAAGGUUACUUAGAGCCACCGAUCUGGAAGUACAAGGAGGCCAAAGAGGAGAAAAAAAAAGAGAAGAAAAAAGAAGAACAGGAGAAGCUGGAAAAAGGAGCCAAGAAAAAAAGUAAAAAGUGAUUCAACUGCCAACAGAAUGCACUCCGAUUUAUCUAAAGACAUUUGAUUUAUAUUUGUAACCUCAAUAUGAUUAAUACCUCUCCGGGAACCAGUAGGCCUGUAUUUACAGACAUUUUUAACAUGUUAACAUUUUAUUUGAGAUGAUUUUUAAAAUCUCUUUAAAAAUGUUUGUUCAC